AUGUGCGGUAUACUGUUUUCUUUGCAGGUACCUUCGGAGUCUGAGGAAGCCUACGGGAGCACAUCACUUGACGAACUGCUCGAAAAGAUCCGAGGCAAUGUGAUUGCAAGAGGUAUUCAUUUGCCACGAUACUUUGGCUUACGACUUACAUUCUGUGGAUCUGAGUUACGCCUUCGAGGGGACUCAUUCGUGAAACAACCUCAUACAAAUGAAGACGGCAACAUUUUGUGCUGGAAUGGUGAGGUGUUCGAGGGUCUAGAAAUCGGCGAGCAUGAGAACGACGGACAGAAACUUUUCUCGAUGUUGGCGGGGACGCCAACCGCAGAAGAGAUAUGUGACGUCUUCGCCCACGUCGAAGGGCCUUAUGCGUUUCUUUUUUACCAUAACGCUUCUCGUACCGUAUUCUACGGACGAGACCCGCUUGGUCGUCGUUCGCUCCUGGUGCAUCGACCUACCAAAGCGAACCCAUAUCUCUUGAUUACCUCGGUCUCCGCUGGAGUGCACCCGGGAUAUGUCCUCGAAGAAGUGUCUGUGGCUCAUAUCCAUGGUAUACAGCUGGAGAAGGUCUCUGAUGCAACUCCUGCGAACGUGAACAGGAAUAUUCCCGACGAUCCCCCGCGACCUAUCGCCCUGGAUAGAAUCCCUGCGCAUAUGAGUGACACAGUUGACCGGCUAAUCGUGGAGCUUGACCGAAGUGUUAUGUUGCGUGUGCGCAACAUUCCGCAACGAGACAAUGCUCCUGGGCAGGCAAGAGUGGCAGUGCUUUUCAGCGGAGGGAUAGACUCAACCAUGGUGGCUUUCCUAGCAGACAGACAUGUGGACCCAGACGAACCCAUCGACCUGCUAAAUGUGGCCUUCGAGAAUCCGCGCAAGAUAGCAGUGAAAGUCGAAGGAAAUGUGUACGCCCUGCCGAAGAGAGAGAAGAAGAAAAAGCUCCAGGAGCGCUUGGAUUACUCGACGGUCACCGUCACGUACGACGUACCAGACAGAAUCACCGGACGGCAGGAAGUUGAAGAACUCAGACGAUUGUGCCCGCGACGGAAGUGGAAUUUCCUUGAGAUAAACGUCCCUUUCGAGGAGUCUCAGCAGGCACGGGCGCAUGUCGAAGCGCUCAUGUUCCCCUCAAAGACUGUCAUGGAUCUUAGUCUGGCAAUCGCGUUGUACUUUGCGGCACGAGGGAUCGGGCAAGUUCGCACUCAUCCAGAUGCAGAUGCAGAAACAUAUACCAGUCCCGCACGAGUAUUGCUGAACGGAUUAGGUUCGGACGAACUGUUGGGUGGUUACGGGCGACAUCGAACAGCGUUCAAGCACGGGGGAUGGCAGGCUGUCAUUGAUGAACUUCAGCUCGAGAUAGACCGCAUCCCAACGCGGAAUCUCGGCAGGGACGACCGGGUGAUAUCUUCGUGGGGGAAGGAGACACGACAUCCCUUCUUGUCCCUUUCGGUCGUCAACUUUCUCGCACAACUUCCCGUGUACAAGAAGAUGGACCCGCGCCUAGAGGCUGGGUUAGGAGAGAAGCUGCUGCUGCGGCUAGCCGCGUGCAAGCUUGGGCUGGUAGAGGCAAGCAGUCGUAAAAAGAGAGCCAUGCAGUUCGGAAGUCAUUCGGCGAGAAUGGCCCCCGGGGAAGGGGAUAGGCAGGGAGAUCUAUUGCUCCGGGAUAAUAAUGCCCUAGAGUAA